AUGAACCAACUCAAUUUUAAAACUCAGGAACAAAUUAAAGAAGAAUAUAUUAAUUCUGGUGAAGCUGAAAAAAUUAAAAAGGAAGUUUGUGAACGACUUGAAGAAACUGGUUACAAUGAUAGAAUACGUAAAGUUUGCCUAGAAUAUAUUCAGAAAAAAGGAAUUAAUAAUGUUUCUUUAACAGAACUAUUUGAAGAUGUUGGAAAAGAUAAAAGAAGUGCUAUCGAUCAAAAUAUACAAAAUGAAAUUACUAAAAAAAUCCGUGAAUUUGUUGAAAAUAAUAUUUCACAAACUUACUAA